CCCAGACGGGCGGAAGCGGAAGUGCCGGUCUGGGGCCCGCACCGGUGGAUGUCCCCUUAGCGCUUCUUAGCCACCGCCUGCACCAGCGAUGGACUGCUACACGGCGAACUGGAACCCACUCGGGGACUCUGCCUUUUACCGACAGAGCAACAGAAGGAGAGGGGGAGACACAGAGAGAUCUUCCAUCUGCUGUUUCACUCUCCAGAUGGCCUUAACCGCCAGGUCUGGGCCAGGCUGAAGCCAGGAACAGGAACUCCAUCCAUCCAGGUCUCCCACGAAAUAUGAGCUGUACAGCAUGGACUGGGACCUGAAGGAGGAACUCAGGGACUGCCUGGUGGCUGCCGCACCCUAUGGGGGUCCCAUUGCGCUGCUAAGGAACCCCUGGCGGAAGGAGAAAGCUGCCAGCCUGCGGCCAGUGCUCGAGAUCUACUCUGCUUCCGGCGUGCCGCUAGCCAGCCUGCUGUGGAAGAGCGGGCCUGUGGUGUCCCUGGGCUGGUCGGCGGAGGAGGAGCUGCUGUGCGUGCAGGAAGAUGGUGCAGUGCUGGUGUACGGGCUUCACGGCGACUUCCGGAGACACUUCAGCAUGGGCAAUGAGGUGCUCCAGAAUCGGGUUCUGGAUGCCCGGAUCUUUCAUACUGAGUUUGGUUCCGGAGUGGCCAUCCUCACAGGGGCCCAUCGCUUCACCCUCAGUGCCAAUGUGGGUGACCUCAAACUCCGCCGGAUGUCAGAGGUGCCAGGUUUACAAAGUGCACCCUCCUGCUGGACCACACUGUGCCAGGACCGAGUAGCACACAUUCUUCUGGCCGUGGGGCCUGAUCUUUACCUCCUGGACCAUGCAACCUGCUCCAUGGUGACGCCCCCUGGCCUGGCCCCAGGAGUGAGCAGCUUCCUGCAGAUGGCCGUCUCCUUUACCUACCGGCACCUGGCGCUUUUCACAGACACAGGCUACAUCUGGAUGGGGACGGCAUCACUCAAGGAGAAGCUGUGUGAGUUCAACUGUAACAUCAGGGCACCCCCGAAGCAGAUGGUCUGGUGCACCCGUCCUCGCAGCAAGGAAAAGGCCGUUGUGGUAGCCUGGGAGAGGCGGCUGAUGGUAGUGGGCGACGCACCCGAGAGCAUCCAGUUCGUGCUGGAUGAGGACUCUUACCUGGUGCCUGAACUCGACGGGGUCCGCAUCUUCUCUCGCAGCACCCACGAGUUCCUGCAUGAGGUGCCAGCGGCCAGUGAGGAGAUCUUCAAAAUUGCCUCGAUGGCCCCUGGAGCUCUGCUGUUGGAGGCCCAAAAGGAGUAUGAGAAAGAAAGCCAGAAGGCGGAUGAAUACCUGCGGGAGAUCCAGGAACUGGGGCAGCUGACACAGGCCGUGCAGCAGUGCAUUGAGGCCGCGGGGCACGAGCACCGUCCCGACAUGCAGAAGAGUCUGCUCAGGGCGGCGUCCUUUGGAAAGUGUUUCCUGGACAGAUUUCCACCCGACAGCUUUGUGCGCAUGUGUCAGGACCUGCGAGUGCUCAAUGCUGUUCGCGACUACCACAUCGGGAUCCCUCUCACCUACAGCCAAUACAAGCAGCUUACCAUCCAGGUGCUGCUGGACAGACUAGUGUUGCGGAGACUUUACCCGCUGGCCAUCCAGAUCUGCGAGUACCUGCGCCUUCCUGAAGUACAGGGCGUCAGCAGGAUCCUGGCUCACUGGGCCUGCUACAAGGUGCAACAGAAAGAUGUGUCAGAUGAAGAUGUUGCUCGAGCCAUUAACCAGAAACUGGGGGACACGCCUGGCGUCUCUUACUCCGACAUUGCUGCGCGGGCCUAUGGCUGUGGCCGCACGGAGCUGGCCAUCAAGCUCCUAGAGUAUGAGCCACGCUCAGGAGAACAGGUACCCCUUCUCCUAAAGAUGAAAAGGAGCAAACUGGCACUGAACAAGGCCAUUGAGAGUGGGGACACUGACCUGGUGUUCACGGUGUUGCUGCACCUGAAGAAUGAGCUGAACCGAGGAGACUUUUUCAUGACGCUUCGGAACCAGCCCAUGGCUCUGAGUUUGUAUCGACAGUUCUGUAAGCAUCAGGAGCUAGAGACGCUGAAGGACCUUUAUAAUCAGGAUGACAAUCACCAGGAACUGGGCAGCUUCCACAUCCGAGCCAGCUAUGCUGCAGAAGAGCGGAUCGAGGGGCGAGUAGCAGCUCUGCAGACAGCAGCUGAUGCCUUCUACAAGGCCAAGAAUGAGUUUGCAGCCAAGGCCACAGAAGACCAAAUGCGCCUCCUCCGGCUUCAGCGGCGCCUAGAAGAUGAGCUAGGGGGCCGAUUCCUAGACCUGUCUCUACACGACACCGUCACCACUCUUAUCCUUGGUGGCCACAACAAGCGUGCAGAGCAGUUGGCACGUGACUUCCGCAUUCCUGACAAAAGGCUGUGGUGGCUGAAGCUGACUGCCCUGGCAGAGCUAGAGGACUGGGAGGAGCUGGAGAAGUUUUCCAAGAGCAAGAAGUCGCCCAUUGGCUACCUGCCCUUUGUGGAGAUCUGCAUGAAACAACAUAACAAAUAUGAGGCCAAGAAGUAUGCUUCCCGCGUGGGCCCUGAGCAGAAGGUCAAGGCUCUGCUUCUUGUUGGGGAUGUGGCACAGGCCGCAGAUGUGGCCAUCGAGCACCGGAACGAGGCUGAGCUGAGCCUUGUGUUAUCCCACUGCACUGGAGCCACGGAUGGGGCCACGGCUGACAAGAUUCAACGGGCCAGAGCACAAGCCCAGAAGAAGUAGCACUCCCUGUGCAACUCCCUGAGCCAGGGCUUCUCCCCGUGAUGCUUCUGGGCUUGGCAGAAGGGUCACUGUCCAGCUCCACCCCCAGAACAAGGCUGAGAACUGAGCUGGGGGAGCAGGUCUGGUUGUAAAUAAAGUUGGGGUACUUGAGGUUCUUCUCUUAUGCGGUCCAGCCUAAGCAAAAGCAAGCUGAGGGCACAGCCACCCACACACCACAGCAAACCUCCACAUGUUUGUGUUGGAGCAGGAGGUGGGGGCUUCUCCAGCUGUACUUGCUAGAGACCUAUCCGUCUCCACAAAGCUACCAGGGAGAGCUCUCUGAAGCUCACUGCCCUGGGAAGAUCUAGGGGAGAGACGGUGCAGGCUCAAGUACCAGUUCCCCAGGAACCACACUGAAAAGAAUUACAUAUGUGUACACACACACACACACACACACACACGAGCCAUGCUAAAGCCUUUACCCUUCUGACUUCAUUUAUUCUAUGUGACAGCCCUGUGAGAUAGGCAACGUCACCCUAUUUGAUGAUAGAGGAACUUGAGGCCCCCGGAGGCUGGUAAGGGCAAACGGGUGGCGGAACUGGAAUUUGACUCCCAGGCCAGCUGUGCUCCAACCGGAAUAGGGGUCUGUGAGCAGGGGAGCCUGAGGCAAGGUCCUGUUUGGCUGUGCCCCAAGGAUCGGACUAGUGAGAGGCCCGUGAGCAGUGGGGGUCAGAGGAAGGGCUUUGGGCCCCUUGCCCACUGAACAGCUGUGAGUGAUUCUUGAGUGGUCUCCAGGCGUGAGAGGAGAGCAAGGAAGACGUCAGUUCUACCAAAGAAGGGAACUACACACUGGAGACCCAGCUCCCUCCUCCCCCAGUCAGUGGGGCCUUUCGUGGCUCCGUGUCCUCCCUGUCUGCAGCCUCUGUCCACACUCCCGUGCACUGUGGCUUCAUGUCCCAGCACCCCCACCCAACACUGAGGGCACUGCCUUUUCCUGGUGUGGCCCCCUUUUGUCAAGUAGGAAACCAAAGCCCAGAGAGCAGACCUCACCAGAGCUUCACACUCAAAGGGCUGACUGCUUUUAAAAAGAGACUCAGGACCUGGUAAAGUAUUCCUUUUCCUUUCCUUUUUUUUCAGAUGUGUAAACUUAAAUUUGUGAAAAUCCUUCACGGGGUUAUAAAUCAAAUUAUAAAACCACCA